CGUCGAAAACUGAUACACAAAAAUUUACCCAGGGGAACUGUCUUUAUAGUCUUCAGUCAACGUUAGAAAAUACUGUGAUUAUUGGUGACGAUUUGUUAUUUGACAGUUUAUUCUGGGAGUGAUAUAAAUUUCUGCAUCAAUUGAUCUAAUAUAAAUUAGCAAUAAUGCCUGGCACCGUUGAACAUCGUUCGGUCACCGGAAUGGUGAAUUUAAUCCGUAAACUGUUACGUGGGAAAGAUCACGUAAAUGCUCUACGCUUUGCUGAUUGUCUUGCUGCCCGCACACAACCUCCACCUGAAAUACCUGGUGGUCCAUAUCAUAAGACCUCAAAAAUCUACUACUUUACCAGGGAUGCCAGACGAGAGGUGCAACCCCCAACAGUUAUUGCUACCAGUCACCAAAUCGCUUCAUCUGGCCAAGUAUCAACUGAAGUUAAACCGGUCACACCUGGAAAAGUGUUCGAAUGUGAUUAAGUAAUUAUGAAAUGGUAGUUGGCGUAGAAUUACAGUGGUAAAAUUUGAAUGUAAAUAAACGAAAUAAAUAUAUGCUGACAAUUACUA